AAUUGCCAGCUCUCGAGCACAACGAGCCGAAAACUUGGCCGCGAUGCUCGCUCCACUCAUCCAAAUCCUUCUUUUUAGUCUGCUGUGCUCCGGCUCCAUUAUGGCCGGCCUGGUGAAGAGCGAUUCGGAGGACUUCAUCGACUGGUGGCAGCACACGGUCUUCUAUCAGAUCUAUCCGAGGUCCUUCAAGGACAGCAACGGCGAUGGCAUCGGCGAUCUGCGGGGAAUCACCUCAAAGUUGUCGUAUUUGGCCGACACUGGCAUUACGGCCACUUGGUUGAGUCCCAUAUUCCAGUCGCCCAUGGUGGACUUUGGCUACGACAUCUCGGACUACACGAAGAUCCAGCCGGAGUAUGGAACUAUGCAGGACUUUGAGGAGCUCAUCGACAAGGCCUACGAGUAUGGCAUCAAGGUUAUUCUGGACUUUGUCCCCAAUCACAGCUCGGAUCAGCAUGAAUGGUUCAAGAAGUCGGCCGCCAGGGAGCCGGGCUACGAGGAUUUCUACGUGUGGGAAGACGGCAUCCUCCUGGAGAACGGUACUCGAGUUCCGCCCAACAACUGGCAGUCGGUCUUCUACGGAUCCGCCUGGGAGUGGCACGAUGGUCGCCAGCAGUACUACCUACACCAGUUCACCAAGGAACAGCCGGACUUGAAUUUUCGUAAUCCCAAGGUGGUUCAGGCCAUGGAUGAUGUGAUACUUUUCUGGCUGAAUAAGGGCGUGGCCGGCUUUCGUAUCGACGCAGUGAAUCAUCUAUUUGAGGAGCAAUCUCUUAAGAAUGAACCCUUGAGUGGCAAGACCACCGACCCACUCUCCUAUGACUACACCAAGCACAUUUACACCAAGGAUCUGCCAGAGGUUUUGGAAAUGAUUCAGCAUUGGAGGCAACUGCUGGAUGACUUCAGUGCCAAGCACCCCGAACGACCCACACGCAUCAUGAUGACGGAGGCGUAUGCCGGACUCACCCAGCUGGCGGACUACUACGAGGACUCCAAGGGGGUUCGGGGCUCCCAUCUGCCCUUCAACUUCCACUUUAUCACGGAUGUGAAAGGCGGCUCGGAUGCGCGUGACUUUGUCUACAACGUGGAGAAGUGGCUGAUCUACAUGCCGCGCGGGCACGCGGCCAACUGGGUCAUGGGUAACCACGACAACCCCCGGGUCGCCUCCCGAUUCGGUCCCGCCAGCGUGGACGCCAUGAACAUGCUGCUGCUGACCCUCCCCGGCGUAGCCGUCACUUACAAUGGCGAGGAGCUGGGCAUGGAGGACUACCGCGAAAUUAGCUGGCGGGAUACGGUGGAUCCGCCGGCCAGGAAUGUGGGCGAGGAGCUCUACAAGGAGGUCUCCCGGGACCCUGUGCGCACUCCCUUUCAGUGGAGCAACGAGUCCAAUGCAGGGUUCUCUAGUGGCCCAAAAACUUGGCUGCCUGUGCAUCCCAACUAUCUUGAACUGAACUUGGAGGCCCAGAAGGCAGCCAGCAAAAGCCACUACCAGGUGUACAGGGACCUACUCGAGCUGCGACGAUCGGGCAUAAUGCGUUUGGGUCGCUUCAACAUCGAACCCAUUUCGCGUUGGGUCUUCGCCUUCAAGCGGUCCUACUCCAACUUUGAGUCGAUAAUUACCGUCAUUAAUGUGAGCGACAAGGAGCAGUUGGUGAAUCUCACGGAGUUCCUCAACCAACCCAAGAAACUCAUCGUUGAGGUCUCCGGAGUAGACUCCCAUUAUCAACCUGGUCAAUCCCUCGCCGCAAGUGCCUUGUCCCUGGCCGCCCGUGAGGGUCUCGUCUGUCGGCUCGUCUAGCCGGAAUCGGGAUUAGAGGAAUUACCAGCUGAUGGCGGCAAACUUUGCUCUUUAAUUGCAUUUCCAGUUCAGAAUGUCACGCGAUUGAAUACAAAAUGGGGCAAAAUUAAUGACCAUAGA